AUGACAGCCGACAGUACGACUAUGGCAGGCGAGGCAAAGCCUACCAUUGAACACCUCUCCAUCCGCGACGACGCGGACGGACUGGAGGUCAAAGGCGACGAUGUGCAACACAGCGGUUUGGGAACCGAGUUUGUGAGGUCGGCCUGGGACGACCUUAGCUAUAAAGAAACGGUCAAAAUGUUCUGGAGGGGUAUCCUCGUCUGCUUCGUCGCAGCCUUCAGCGCGUUCACAGAUGGCUACCAGAUUGCGAUGAUCGGCAACAUCAUCGCAUUCAAGGGCUUUGUCAACCAGUUUUCGACGGAGACCAACUCGAGCGGAACCCCGAUCCUGGCGGCCGAUGUUCUUUCGGCCUGGAACGCUGUGGGAUCGGUGAUGCAGUGGUGUGGCAUGAACUUAUUUCCUCUUAUUUCGGAUCGCUUUGGCCGUCGCUGGUGUAUGAUCUCUUACUGGGUCGUCAUUGCCGCGGGAUGCGCUUGUGAAAGUGGUGCCCGCGACUGGAGGGUCUGGCUCUUGGCCAAAAUGUUUGUUGGCCUUGGUGUCGGUGCGAUGCAGGUCACCAUGCAGUGCUAUCUCACCGAGAUGUCGCCUACCUCCAAGAUCCGUGGCGCUAUGCUCUCCUGCUACAAUUUCUGGUGGGUCACCGGCAUGUUCAUUGGCACGGUGGUCAUCACGAUUCUCAACAAGAAGGAUUCGAACAACUGGUUGCUCGUCAUCUACAGCCAGUGGUCGCAAGUCGGGGCUAUGGGCAUCAUUUAUGUCUUCUUGCUUCCUGAAUCGCCUUGGUGGUAUGCUCGCCAGGGAAAGCAUGAGCAGGGCGUCAAAGCACUCAGGCGUCUGUACGGCAAGAUUGCCGGUUACAACCCCGAGGAAGAAUACGCCAUUCUGCAGCACACUGUUGAGCACGAGCGCGAGUACGCCUUGGCCAACAAGGAGAUUUCCUGGUUGGCUAUUUUCAAGGGUGUCAACGGAUGGAGAACGUUUGUCGCUUGCUACGAGUUGACGGCCGCGGGCUUUGUUGGUCAGAGCUUCUUGUCGACCUACGUGGUGUACUUCUUUGAACUCGCUGGGUCCACCGAUCCAUUUGCAAACACUUGCAUUACAUCCGCUCUUGGCAUCGCCUGCACCGUCUUUCUGCUGUUCGGUCUGGACCUCGUGGGUCGCCGCCGAAUGAUCACCUAUGGUGUAACUACCAUGUGGUUCUGCCUGUUCAUUAUCGGCUGCAUGAGUCUCGUAAAGAACCAGACCAAGGCCAUGAAUGGCUUCCUCAUCUUCCUGGCUUGUCUCUGGACUGUGUCUUUCAACUUGGCCAACGGUGCAGGAUGGCCACUCGUCGGUGAAGUCCCCAGUAGCCGACUCCGCGCCAAAACGGGAGGCUUUGCGGCAUCCGUCUCCGUCGCCUUUGGUAUCGGCGUUGGAUACGGGACACCGUACAUGAUCUCCGAGACCGACCUCAACUGGGGCCUGAAGACUUGCUUCUUCUUCGCCGGCCUUUCCGCACCCCUCGUAGUUGGUCUGUGGUUUGUCAUUCCGGAAACCACAGGUCGCUCAGCUGCAGAGCUGGACGAAAUGUUCGAGGCAAAGGUUAAGCCCUGGCGCUUCCGCAAGUACGUUACCGAUGCGCAGCGAUUUGGAACUGUCGCCAAGGAGUCUGCUCCGCAGACCGCUACCUCGUAG